UUUUAAAUAAUAUUCUAAAUAAAAAUUUUAUUUUUCAAUUUCAUGAUCUGUCCCGAUUUCAUCGUUUCUGCCAAGAGAUUAUUUCUGAACCUCGGGCUGUUAUCUCUAAGGAAGAACUGUUUCGAUUCAACAAUCGACAGUGGCUACAACCGAAACGGUGGUUUAUAAUGUUUAUAUCUUAAAUGAUAAUUAUUUUUCCGAGCGUGUACGAUUGCAGAACGACAGAAAUCUGAAACUUCUCGUAUCUCGUACUAUCAGUGUAUUAUAAUAUGAAAUAUUACAUUUUACAGCGCCGUUUGGUUUUUACGUACUGAUCGUUUGUUUUUCACAAAUGUUAACUAUUAUUUAAGUAUAACGUCCGUUUUUUAAUUCAUUUUGAAUUAACAUUAAUUAUAACUAAUUUCUUACCUAUUGAUAGUUUAAACGAAAAUUUACUGGAUGAUUGAUUAUUGAUCAUUUGAACUUAAAAUAGUCAGGGAUCCUUAGUCAUUGUUGAAUCUAAAAUGGCGAAAUCGAUAAAUCAUUUGAUUGCAGACAUUGAAUAUAUUCAUCAGUUGGUGUAUGAUUUAAGAUUAAAUGAAUUACAACAAAUUUUAGAAGCUGUUAAACAAAACAAAUCUGGUAGUAAACAGUCUUUACGCAAGCGUGUUUUAAACUUGUUAACAGCUCCUACAUCAAAAACAAAAGCUUUGAAACAAAAAAUUGUACAAGUCUAUAACUCUAGACCACAACAAAAUCAACAACCGGAACCACCACCAGACACUCAAAUUGUGCAACAACCAAAUUUUUUACAACGGUAUUUACGACAACAUCGAGGUCCGUCUCAUAGCCAAUCUUAUACAUCACCUAGACUAAAUCCCAUUCAACCUUAUGUUGAAACCCCAAAUCCAGUUACUCCACAACAACAAUUUGAAGACUUACCAUUCUUUAAGACAGUACAAACAUUAUUAACGCCUAUGUACUGCCAAAGUAAUAUCGAAUCUGCUAAUUUUACUGGGCUAUUUUAUUUAACAGAUAAUGUAAGACAUUCUAUUGUUAAAUCGUGGAAUAUUGCCAGACAAGAAUACAAAAUUCAAAUAAUUCUAAGAUUAGUACAAGUUGGACUUGAUGAAAAUGUUACUGAACGCUUACCUUACAAUAUUACAGUUUCUGUGAAUGAUCGUCAAUGUAAGUUACCUACUUUAAACAUCCCAACAAAAGCUGGCAUCACACCGUGGCGAUGCAAUGUUCCUAUAGAUAUUACUCAGCAAACUGAUUUAAGAAAUUGUUUACAGAACACAUUGAAAAUUACAUGGUCAGAAGAACCACACGAAUAUUUAGCUGGUGUUUAUGUAGCCCAAAAAUUAACUUGGAAUGAUCUUCUUGUAGAACUUAAAAAAAGACCAGUGCGUGCUUCUGAUAAAACUAAAGAACUCAUUAAAAAAUCUAUGGAGAAUGACGCUGAUAUGGGUGUAGAUUCUAUGUUUGCUACUGUUAAGGAUCCAUUAACUAAAUUAAGAAUGAAACUUCCUGCUCGAGGUAAAGACUGUAUACACAUGCAGUGUUUUGACGCUAUACAAUUCUUACAGAUGAAUGAACAAAAGCAAACAUGGACAUGCCCGUUAUGUAAGAAAAAACUUAAAUUUGAAAAUAUUGAAGUUGAUGAAUUUUUUUUAAAUAUGCUUGAAAGUCCAAAUUUAAGUGAAGAAUGUGAAAAUGUAAUUUUAUUAAAAGAUGGUACAUGGACUGAGAGAAAAAAUAAAGAAUUUUCAAACAAUUCUAGAACAAAUGACUGUCGAUCUUCAAAUAAUAUAGAAGUGUUUACAUUGUCAGAUUCUGAUGAUGAUGAUGAUGAUGAUAGUAGUAUUAAUGAUAUUGAUGAUGAAGAUUUACCAAAAUCAAAACGUUUAAAAUAUAAUCCACCAAAAAUUGUAGAAUCUGUAAUAAAAUCUGAGCAUAUUACAGUAACUGAAAAUUCUUCUGAAAGUGAUCUUGUAUUAGACUUGAGUCUUAAAAAUAAUUCAAUGCCAUCAGCUUCAAGAAGUUCAAUGUAUGAACCAAUUAUUACAUUAAAUGACGAUCCUGAUCCAUCAACUUCAGCCAAUUUAAAGUAUGAACCAGUUAUUAUAUGUGAUGAACAUGAUUCAUUAAGUGAAUCACCCUCUAUGUUAAAUAAUUUUUACCUACCAAGUAUUACAAGGUCCAAUAACUGUGUAGCAAGUAGCUCUGGAAGUAGUAGAAGCAAUAGACAUCAAGAAAAAGAUAAAUCAAGAUCAGUUUUAUGUGUUAUAACAUUAGAUUGAACUGAUGUAUUUCAGUUCUUAUCUAAAAUUGUAAAUUAUUUGCUUUUUCGAAUAACUUGUUUUCAAAAAGAUAUAGUAUAACUGGUAAAUAUUGUUUUAUAUCUUAAUGAAACCAAAAUUGUAAAUAAUUAAUAUUCUUAAUAAUAUAUAUAAUAAUUAUUAAAUGCCUUAUUUAACUUAUUUUCAAUGUAGUAAUUUUUGUAAUUAAGUCAUGUUUUUCUAUGUUGAUUUGUUUGUGGAUCAUUUGAAAUAUAAAGGUACUACAUUACAGACAGCCUACUUCUGAAUAUGAAGGCUGUGAGUAUGAUAGCUCCUGUAGUAGUAGUACUGAUAUUCUUUCUUAUCGUUAUAUCAUAUAUUUAGUUGUUGUAUUAAAUAAUAUUAAAAACUAUUCAUAGGUAUAUAAUUAACUAUAAGAUGAAUUAAAUUAAAAAGUUUUUUUUUUUAAAACAUUUAAAUUUUUUAAAUUUUAAACUGAAUCUGAAGUAUUCUUAAAACACUGAAUUGACUGAAUUGUACAUUAACUUAUAAUUUUAAUUAUUUUCAUUUCCAUAUAAUAAUUAUAUGUCAUUAUAUCAUAAUAUAAGAAUAAAAUUAUUUGUUUUUAUUUGUUA